AGGCCUAGAUUCAUUUCUAGCAUAAAUUAUUCCUAGGCUUUACCCAAUGAUUUAAGUUUUCCAUUUGGCCAUCUAGUUAUCCACCACAAGACCACAUAAACAUACUGGAUUCUGGGACAUUAUGUUUGACUUUUAUAUUACUUUACUAUAAUGGACACAGUCCAGCACAGUUCUGUGAAAUAAGAAGAAUAUAUAUUUAGAAUGUACGUUUCAACAUGGGAUGAAUUCGAGAAAACAGCACAAAAUAUUUACCUUCAAGAUCCUCUUAGGGCAAGGUACUCUCUCAAGUACAACCAUUCCCGAAGUUCACUCUCUGUGAAAAUGACAGAUGAUGUUACAUGUGUUCAAUACAAGACAGAAGUUGCUCAAGAUGUGAGAAAAAUAGAAAAGUUUAUCAACAACCUAAUGAGGCAUAUGACGUCUAAAAAUGCAACAUGAUCCUGAUCAAUUCCAUAAGUUAUGUCAAUAAUUUUAAGUAAAUCGUUUUUAA